GCCGCCUUUGAACUGGAUUCCUUCCAGAGGAACUUCAACCGAGUGAAUCCGGCGAGCGGAGCGGAGUCCGGGGCGCUGUCUGCCGGCUCGGGGGGCUGUGAUUAGUUUUUGUUGGGGGGACUCUUGUGUGGACUGUCGGUGUGUGGAGGAAAGGUGGGGGCCCCGCGGAUCGGACAAAGGAGAUCGCCCCGCGCACCCCUCUGCUUUCCCCCCUCCCCCCCCACGCGGCCCCGAGAAAAGUUGCCCCUUGCCCCCCCCUUCCCUCCCCCGAGCGGCGGGGGGCGCGGAGCGGAGCCGGGGACAAGGCACAAAACUUUUCUCCGGUAUUUCCCCCGGAAGAAUCGGCGCCCGGUUCCUUUUCUCUCUUUUUUGUUUGGUGUCCCCGGAGCGGGGCGGACGGAGUGGAGAGCAGCAUGCCGCAGCUGAACGGCGGCGGAGGGGACGAUCUGGGGGCCAACGAUGAGAUGAUCGCCUUCAAAGACGAGGGCGAGCAGGAGGAGAAGAUCUCCGACAAUUCAUCGGCCGAGAGGGAUCUGGCCGACGUCAAAUCUUCUCUGGUCAACGAGUCCGAGACCCACCAGAACAGCUCGUCCGACUCGGAGGCGGAGCGGCGGCCUGCGCCCAGAUCCGAGACCUUCCGGGACAAGAACCGGGACGCCCUGGAAGAAGCUGCGAAGAGGCAAGAUGGAGGAGGCCUCUUUAAGAGCCCGGGUUACCCUGGAUACCCGUUCAUCAUGAUCCCGGACUUGAGUAGCCCCUAUCUGCCCAACGGGUCGCUCUCCCCGACGGCUCGGACAUGCGUGAAUGUGCCGCUAGACCUCCAUUUAGCCUCUUGUUGCAGUCCUUUGAUGCAGUACCUGCAGAUGAAGUGGCCCCUAUUGGACGUUCAGGCAGGGGGUUUACAGAGUCGGCAAGCGAUGAAGGAUGCCAGGUCUCCGUCUCCGGGCCACAUUGUUUAUGCUGGCAUAGAUUGGCACCAGGAAAGGAACAUUACGUCUAAUAAAGUUCCAGUAGUUCAACAUCCCCACCAUGUCCACCCACUCACACCGCUUAUCACCUACAGCAAUGAGCACUUUACACCCGGAAAUCCCCCUCCACACUUACAGGGAGACGUGGACCCCAAAACAGGAAUCCCGAGGCCUCCACACCCUCCGGAUAUAUCUCCCUAUUACCCUCUAUCUCCCGGCAGCGUAGGACAGAUCCCCCAUCCGCUAGGAUGGUUAGUACCACAGCAAGGUCAACCAGUUUACCCAAUUACAACAGGGGGCUUCCGACACCCGUACCCCACAGCCCUUACAGUAAAUGCUUCCAUGUCAAGCUUUCUCUCCUCCAGAUUCCCUCCACACAUGGUGCCACCCCACCACGGUUUACACACAACUGGAAUCCCUCAUCCCGCCAUAGUGACCCCAAGCGUCAAACAGGAAUCUUCCCAGGGUGACGUGGGACUGCACAGCUCCGCUAUGUCAUUUUACAGAAAACAUCAGGAUUCCAAAAAGGAAGAAGAAAAGAAAAAACCUCACAUAAAGAAACCUCUUAAUGCAUUUAUGUUGUAUAUGAAGGAAAUGCGAGCAAAGGUUGUAGCCGAAUGUACAUUAAAAGAGAGCGCAGCCAUUAACCAGAUCCUCGGCCGAAGGUGGCACGCAUUAUCGAGGGAAGAACAGGCAAAAUACUACGAGCUGGCCAGGAAGGAACGGCAGCUGCACAUGCAGCUCUACCCAGGCUGGUCCGCACGGGAUAACUAUGUACGUGGCUAUGGCAAAAAGAAGAAGAGGAAAAGAGAAAAACAGGCAGGCGAAAGUAACGAACACAACGAAUGUUACCUAAAUCCUUGCCUUUCACUUCCUCCGAUUGCAGACCUGAGCGCACCUAAGAAAUGUCGAGCGCGCUUUGGCCUUGAUCAGCAGAAUAACUGGUGCGGUCCCUGCAGGAGAAAAAAGAAGUGCAUUCGCUACAUACAAGGUGAAGGCAGCUGCGUGAGUCCGCCAUCUUCAGAUGGAAGCUUACUAGACUCUCCUCCUUCUUCUCCCACCAUGCUAGACUCCCCAACAAGAGACUCCAACUCACAAAGUGAACAAACACAACCUCUAUCUCUAUCCUUGAAGCCUGAACCUCUGGCGCGGCUGUGCAUGCCUCACUCACCUCUGACAGAAAGCCCAGUCCGGAAGCCCAGCAACCUACCAGCUAUUAUUUGUCAGAACGGGACAGACCACAGUCACCAACCCGGCUCAUUACAGCCUUCAACACCGUACUCCUUGUCAACAGCACAGCCGUCAACGUCCUUCCUCUCCACACAUCGAUCCCUAGCUGGAGCUCAACUUCAGCCGCUUUCCCUCGUCACAAAGUCAUUAGAGUAGUACAUAGCCCAGCACUGUUUCCUGGCCAUGUUAUUUUUUAAAUAUUAGUUUAUCUCGUAUUUUUUUUCCAUGAUUUUCGUAUAUAUAUAAUUUUUUUUUUUUUUUUAUUUGUGCCAAGCGGCUACUUUUAGUAGAUGUUUUAUGAAGUUCAUUGGUCAAUAUUUGACCUGUCUUUUUAUCUCCGCCUUUCCGAUUUGACUGUGCGGGGCCUCUACGAGCCCUCGGGGUCCUGCCAAAAGAAAAAAAAAAAAUUUGUAUCAUCAACUUCAGUCUUUUUAGCAUCGGAAGAAGGGGGAAAUUAUAUAUAUAUAAAUAUAUGAAAAUUACAAAAAAUACAUAACUGUUAUGUAGUUCUGAUAGGUUACUUUGAAAAGACUGAUUUAAAGAAUAAUAAUAAAAAAAUUCAAAAAAAAUGUAAAAAAAAAAACAAGCAAUUUUGAAGCAGCCCUCUAAGAAGGAGUUGGUUCUUGAUUAUUUGUAUUACAUACGAGCUUGCGAACCAAUCAUCUUACAUCCUCUUUGUACUACCCUCCAGGGCACGAUGAAUGCAGAGCCCUCUCGUGAAACAACUUUUAUUGUGAUGUUAUUGUUAUUGUUGAAAUGUACAGAACACAAAGGGUUAAAAAUGAACAAAUGUGUUAAUAUGCCUUCAAAUGGUGGUAGAAAUUUUUUUUUUCUUUUUUUUUUUUCUUUCUUUUUUUUUUCCUCCACUGGGGGAAGGGAUGCUACAUGGGAAAUUGGGUUGGGUACGUUGAUUUCAGAGCCAUUGGACCAGUACGUAGUAUUUAUUACCUAGAAUUUGCUUGUGUCUUUUUUGUAUGUCGUCCCUUUUUUGGCAAAAUGUCUGUUCCCUGUUUCUCAACGCAUUGUAUAAAGUUUUUUUUUUUUCCCUGAGUCUAAGCAUCUUAUAUAUAUAUCAUUUGUACAAGGUUUUUAAGUUUAUAUAUAAAUUUAUAUAUUAUAUAUAUUUUUUUUUUGUUUUGCUGUAUGAAACUCUGUUGCCACCAAAAUGGACGUUUGUAGCUGCAUUUUAAAGGAUCAAUAUUGUACAAAAAAAAAAAAAAAAAAAAGACACAUUUGCUUUAAAAGCCAUUAAACCAAGACUUGAAAUUAACAAGGGAAUGCGACCCGCGCUGUUUCAUCAACAGCACCUUGUAAAUGACUUAUGGUACAGGAAACCCACCUGCGCCAAUAGAACUGUAGACUGUAAAGAGGAAAAAAAAAUUGAUGUGCCAAAAUUCCUGGUGAUAAACCCCCCUUGUUUUUGAUGCUGUAUUUUUGUUCCUCAUGUUUUUGAUGUGAUGUUACAUAGCUAGAUACGUACGUAGAUUUUUGUCAUCUUAAACAAGUGUUUUUGGUAGGAGGGUGGCUGGGCAGCAUUAAAUAAAAUAAAAACAUUGAGGUACAAAACUAACUCCCCCCCUCCCCCCAUGGGCCAAAAUCUUGUACAUUAGAUUACUCACAAAGUGAAAGACUGCCACUUUUAUGCGCGCUUGCUACAUAUAGGUAGGUAGCAAGCGUUACAAAUAAAGAAAAUUAAAUCAGAAAUAGGCAUGUUGGUGUUGCAAAAAACAAAAAAAAUAAGUAAAAAACAAAAAAAAGAGAAAAAUAAAAACGACAAAAAAAAACUUGAGCAAAAACUCAGAAACUGUUUCAUCCGUUCAUCGAGUGCCAUUGUAUUUGACAUGACUCAAUUGUAAAUCUGUCUGGUUUACUCUGGUUUAUUAAGAUGCGAAUUAAUAACUAUAACAUUUUUGUGAAUACUUUGAAUGUUUCCUAACAGCUGUGAUGUUACCGUUCAGUUCUAAGAUCUUUAUUCCGAUUUAAUUUCAAGAUGGUUUUUAAAACCAUGCAAAAAAAAUUUUUUUUUUUUUUGUUAUGAAUUACACGUUCAUGCUGUACAGUAUCUGUAGCAUGCAGUUCUGGAUUAAUAAAAUCGACUUAGUAUGUG